CACAUCCAGUUAGCCACAGACCAUAAACAACGGAAAACUGAUCGGCGCAGACAGCAAAGCUAGCGAUAAUAUAAUAAAAUAUUUAAUUCUGAAUUCAGUCAGCGACUGGCGGAUUGUCUGAGAAGUAGUCAUAUCUGUUGUUUGAAUCUUUCUCAUGCAAACUGACUUUUUGGCUUUAUGUUGGCCCGCAUCUUGCUAGCCAGAUGGCUGACGAUAGCUAAAGAGCUGAUGUAUAUGCCUGUAAUGUAGACACGUUUGUAGGAUGUGCCACAAUUUGUACACCUAAAGAGCGGAACAUUAGAAAAAGUGUAGUUGCUUGUGUUCUAUUCGUUUACAAAACAGUUACCUAGCCAUUGUGAAAUAUCCCCAGUUGACAUUAACUCUAACGUUAAUGUCAUAAUAUCUUGCUAACUUUUCUGACAGUAGUUUUUGGGGAUUGGUUAGCGAUUAUUAGUUAGUGGUUAUGAGUAUUAUUGUUUAUGAGUUAUAGAGUGAUUUGUUUUUGUGUUAGCGAUUGUAUGUAUGGUAGCCAUUGCAUGAAAGCCUAUGGCUCAGCUGUGGCCAGACAUACAGACUGUCUUGCCUAUCACUGAAUCUGAGUUUAGUCUCAACUUCAGUGAGAAAAUUGAGCUAAGCCUAGUAGACAUUUUGAAGCAAGCCAGGCACCAGCUGUAUGACAAAAAGGGAACACAGUCUUGGGCUGAAAAGGCUCAGAUUGUUCUUGACUUUUCUUGGGAGAAGCUGAAUACAGGCACCUGGCGUGAUGUGGCCAAGGAGUGGAGGAGUGUCUAUUCAUACGGCUGCCUUUUUAAAGUGGCUGCUCUGUGUCGUGGAGACCUCAGUCAGUUCAAGAUCCAUGAGGCCAUUAAAACCUGUGACAUGGGACUACUCAUGGGAGCUUCCAUUCUGGAUGAUGUCCUUCAAAAGCUUGUGAGGGUGCUGCAGAACAAAGCAAAAGCAUGGCAGAGCAGACAUGCAGAGUCAAGUGAAGCGCCGAAAAGAAAGAAAAUCAAUGAAGAAUGUGACUCCACACCUAUGAUUAAUCCAGCCAAAGCAGUGCCCAGGAUUCAUUGUCCAUCACUGGAGCAUUUUAGGACAGAAUUUCUGGAUACCCAGAAGCCUGUUAUAUUGGAGGGUAUUAUUGAUCAUUGGCCUGCCUUUAAGGAGCACCCAUGGAGCAUAGACUAUCUGCGAAUUGUGGCUGGGUGUCGAACUGUACCUGUGGAAGUAGGCUCCAGAUACACAGAUGAGGCCUGGUCACAGACUCUAAUAACUGUCAGUGAGUUCAUAGACCGCUACAUUCUUGGAGAGACACACACUGGUAAAGGAUACCUUGCACAACAUCAGCUCUUUGAUCAGAUCCCUGAGCUGAAAGAAGACAUUCGAAUCCCUGACUACUGUUGUCUUGGUGAGGGAGAGGAAGAAAACAUCACCAUCAAUGCUUGGUUUGGACCCAGAGGCACCAUCUCCCCACUUCAUCAGGACCCCCAGCAGAACUUUCUGGCUCAGGUGGUGGGCAGGAAGUACAUUCGUCUGUACUCUCCAGAGGAGACGGAGAGACUCUAUCCCCAUCAGUCCCAGCUCCUCCAUAACACCAGUCAGGUAGACGUGGAGAACCCCGAAACGGUCAGUUUUCCAGACUUCCUGAAGGCGUCCUAUCAGGAGUGUGUUCUUCAGCCUGGUGAGGUCCUGUUCAUCCCAGUCAAGCACUGGCACUAUGUGCGCUCAUUGGAGCUGAGCUUUUCUGUCAGCUUCUGGUGGUCAUGAUGGGAGACACAGGCACUGGACACAAGGAGCCAACGCUGAUGUGGUGCCUGUUUUCUUGACAACUAUGGUCUGAAAAAAGUAUUUAUAAUAUUUAUAAUGCAGGAAGCUUAAAAUAAAGACAUUUUACACCAA